AUGCAUUCCCUCACCAACAUUAUCAACGCUAGUGGGGGAGAGCUGUAUCAUGUUACAUUAAUAAGAUAUUUUGAUAUGCAUCCUUCGGGCAAGAAAUUGAAAAAAGGAGCUCCUGAACAUGUUCAAAACUUAAUUUCGCAAUAUAAUAUACAAAAGGUUCAAUUAAAAAAUCUUAAAAUGGCAUUACAGGAAGCUCGUAGUUCCAUUUCGCUCAAUAAUAUUCUCGAGCAGCAAUAUCAUUUAACAGAAUUACCAAUAAUCACUGUUUGUAAGUCAUGCCAGAGUUUAUUAGAUGAUUUAAGUUGUGGAAGACCAUUAUUUUCAUCACCAGAUUUCACUAUUAUCGUAUUUCAAAUAGUUGGAGCGAUUGGAAUCAUUUUAAGAGAUCAGAUACUACAAUACUAUACAGAUUUUGGCAAAAACUGUUUAUUUCAUGACGAUGAUUGGCUUAUUAUAGUAGAGCCUCUCAAAUAUUUAAUAGCUUUACAAGAUCCGAAACUUGCACCGGAUAUUGUUUCUCUUUUGCCUCUUUACUGUGAUACAUGGAAAGACAGUAGUGUGAUUGUCACAAAUAAUAACAAUGAUUACGUUAUCAGAUCUCUAAAAAUGUUUAUUAACAAUUUAAUUACGAAAUGUGUUGAUUUAUACGAUAUCCAUGACGAUUCAUGUGUAAAGUACCUAACAGCCAUAUUCCAUUCAUGGCUAAACUCUCAUCCAGAGAUUUCUCUUGUUGCGGAAUUAUUAAUCUUCCUAAACUCGAUAAUUAAGAUCAUUCCUUUACUACCUCCGUCCGUAAGACGCGAUAUCCUAUACCUCGCGUCCUGGCUCCUUUGCGAACAACCGAAAAUGAACAUUGCUGGCCUUGAUUUGACCUGUUUGACGGCCAUCGCCCUGUGCAAUGAGGUCGACCAUCAACCAUGUGAAGUGGCCACUAAAGCUUUUUGCGCUUUUGUGAAACAUCUCAUAAAAAUUAACCCAACAGCGUUCGAUGACUUGGAUAAACUACCUGUCCCGGAUACUUUCGACUUUGACAAGCUCACAGAAGUGAAAUCUCUUCAAUCCAACGAUGUUCCGGAAAAAUUAACAAAACAAGUCGACAUGUCAAGGAGAUUGACCACGACAUUAGCGAAAUGGGAUGCUUUCCUCGUCACUCUGAGUGAUAAUCUAUCACAGGAUCCCAACGUUUUGAACUUUGUCGCUUGUACAAUGGCAUCUAGUUGUUACAGUUUGAUCGGAUUUGAAAGGUUCAUCAGAAUUUUGAUAAACAACAAGACCAACCCUCAUAUCGUCGAUUCUUUCCUUUACAAAAUUACAAAUGUAUCUCCUGCAAAGACAUAUACGAUACUUGAUGAGAUUUCCCAGUGCGAGAACUUGUAUACACAUGUUGCUUUGAUAAGAGAACUGUACAACAAAGGAAAAAUCGUUCAAUUGAUGAAAUCAAAUCUAAUGACAGUACUUAGAGCAAGAAGGAAGCAUGAGGAUAUCAAUGGAUUGGAUAAAUUCGUUGAAUUAUUGUAUAAUUCUGAGAAAACUGCAGGUCAUUCCUCAAAUUUUGGACAUCUCGUUUUUGACAUGUUAAUUGAUGGAGGCCACAACCAACUUAUCGAUUUCUACGCUGUUAAUCCGCUGACAAUUUCGAUUUUUACGAAUAUUAUCAAUAAAUUGCAAUUAUUCCUCAUAAAAAUCAAAUCUGAUCCACAAUUCAUAGAUGUAACAGCGACAAUACUUGCCAACCUUACAGCUUCCAUCAGUUUCUUGGAAUACGAGAACUGCCAAACGAUUGUUGAAAAUAUUUUCCCAGGAACAGUUACAAUUAUCAAAAACCUAAAGCCGCAGGAUGUUCUAGAUAACUUCUUAGACCUUAUUUUCCACAUGACUAUGAAAUUUCCGGAGUUUUUAGACGCAUUUGCGAAUAAUGAAACGAGAACAUACAACGUUCUCAGGUCAGUCAUCAAUGAUUUCCAAGCUACAAGGAAGACAAUACUUCUUCUGAUCUCCAUUUCCCUUGGAUUCAUAGUUGAAGAUUAUAUGGUCAUUCCCUUCAAAGAUAGCCCUCAUGUUGUAUGUGCGCAAGCCCUUUACCUUGCACUGAGAUUAUCUGUUAACUCAGAAUUUGCUCUUUCAUUGAUAGAACUCGCAACAAAAUUAUGUGCCGAAAAUCAGUCGAACGCUUACUCAUUCUUUAUGGCUGAUUUUGUUUCUUUCGCCUUGGAAAACAUAAAUGACAUCAAUUUGACCCACAAAGCCAUAAUGUUAUACAGAAAUAUAACAAGAUCGUUCUUUAACGCACAAACAUUCAACGAUACGAUCAACGCGAUCAAGAAUGUUGAAGGCGAUAUCGUUAUCGGCCAGCAAGCUCUAUUAGAAGCUCUCACUUCCAUGGUUUUCGAAGUUUCUCAUCCUCCUGUUGACUCUUUCUUCCACAUUGACAGGGGAUCGAUAUCAAAAGCGUCUGUAGAACUCAAGAUCCCGGUGUUCUCUUUCGCUACGACCAUCAGAAUUCCGAAAAAGAGAGUAAAUCUUCUCAAAUUUGGAGAAUUAGAGAUUUACAUCAGUCCAACAACGAUAGAAAUGAAGACAAAAGCGGAGAUUAAUGCCUUUGAUUACAAAUUAAGGCCGGAAAGAUGGCAUCAUCUAGUUAUUAUUUUUAAUAUGAAACAAUGUACGACAUAUGUCAACAAAACCCUUGUUUUCACCACUAACUUCCACUUAUUCGAGCCAGGAGUAUACUCAAUUACUCUUGCUGAUGGAAUAAAUGGAGAUAUCGGACCAACAUUUUUCUUUUCAACGAUAGACCCAAAAGUAAUCUUCUCAAAAGCAAGCAAAUCGUCAAGACCAAAGGACGCGCUGGCCGCUUUCAUCCCUCUCAACGUAAAUGGCAAAGUUAUUACCGAUGUAGCACCAAAUACAACUGCAGAGCUUGAUGGUAGCUGCGUUCCGUACACUACAACACUCUCAGAUAUCAUUAUGUACCCUGGAAUUCUCAGAGGAUUCAUUUCAACGCUCAAAAUUAUUGUUUCCGAUUACUGUAAACAGGCUAGCGCUACUCCUCAGAUCUUUAAUUCGCUUCUGUCGAUAAUUAUACACAUAAUAGAGCUUCCUAAUGGUAUCCAAAUGUUCGAAAAAGAAGGCGGAAUCAUAUUAAUCGCUGGUUUCUUAUUAUUAUCAGUUCCUAAUGUAUUCGCUCCUAAUGUCAUCAUGAACAUGUGCACAUUGUUCAAGAAGAUGGACUCCAAAGUGCUAAAACAGCAUAUGAGACAACAUAUUUUCGAAUGUUUCUCAAUUAUUCUCAAAAACGACCUUCCUCUUAUCAAGUACUACUUCCAUGACAUACUUCCUCCCCUUGUAGCAUUUCCAGAAUUCAAACAGGACCAUUACAUUUCCUACAUUUACCAAACGGUAGCAUGUCAGACCACAGAUGAAGUGAAAGACCUUAUGUGGGGAUAUUACUCCCUGUUGACAGCCAAAGGUAUUCCAGAUAGAGAUGCCGAAGCAUUGUCCCUAAUUUUCCUAAAUACAAAAGAUGUCCAUACAAGAAACAAAAUCUACGAAUUACUUGUCAAGGCAUUUUCAGACAAGUCAAGAGUAGCCCUCAAUUUCGUUGUCCAAGAGAUUGGAAUCCUUCCAUUUGCUCAAUCUUUAAGUUCCGAUGACGAAGACUUCCGAAAUCAGGUUCUACAAUUGAUAUCUUAUUUAUGUAUAUCGCCAAUGGUCAAACUAAAGUUCGAUUACGUCUCUCAAUACUUAAACCACGAAAUAUCGAACAAACAAGUACAAGAAAUCUUCAAGAUUGCCUUCAACAUCAAUUCCUGUGAUGAAAGAAGCUGCAUGGAGAUCAGUCCUCUUCCAAAUCCAGAAGUUUUGUUGUUAUUCUUCGAAUUAUUCGAGAGAACAGACAAAUCUUUCUACAACAACGCUCGUACAAAGAUCUCAAAGUCCCUGAGAAACUGUCCACACGAUUUCGAUAAGUUCAACGAUGAAUGUAUCGAUUUCUUAAAAUAUUGUUUCAGAUUUUUCUCAGUAGACGACCAUUUGAUCGAAAUAUUGACUGAUUUCACGAGUUCUGCGCUUGCCUACGAGAAGUACAACCCUGUUUCUGAUAUAGUUUUCAUGAUUUACAAAACGAAAUCUCCAGGAUUCCUCGGAAAGUUCUUGGGAAGACUCCUGGAUACUGUAACAACAUGCAGAAGAACAAAGAACCAGUUGCUGAACGUUCUUUCCGUAGCAAUUCAGUCAUUAUUGUUCACCCCUGUAGACAAAGAGACAAAUUACGCUUAUAUCAAUGAAACUCCGGAUCCUGAAUUAUGUAAUCCGCUUCUGAACUGUAUACAUUACGUAAUUACUCUGGAUUCCACUUGUUCUAUCCAAAUUAACUCGAAAUUCUCGAUCAAAGCGUUUACGGCGUAUUGCCUCGUAGCGUGGGAGUACGGAAAAGACAAUAUCGAGGUGUUCCAUAAGAGCUACGACCAGAUUUCGAGUAUGUCCUCAUUUAUCAGCAAAAACGUGUUCAACGAGUCGAUAAUUUUCUUUGUAGACGCUCAAAGGAAAUUGAUAUCGCAAGGAAAUCUCAUUGGCGAAAUCCUGGAAGCGAGUGCCAGUCAAGAAGUCAGUUCCAGGCUUGUUGAAGCGUUUUUACGUGAUGCUGAGUCGAAGAUCAAGUACUACGUCGACGAAUUCUACGAGAAAUAUAAUGAAUUUUUGGUUAAUUUCUCGAAAGAAAAUGAGUACUCGAUAGAUUCGAUUACAGACAACAAAUACGAAGAAUUCAUGAAGCACGAGAGCGAGAGUGUCGUAUUGGCAGAGCGCCAUUGCAUUAAUUUAGCCAAAGCUUUCAUGAAAUCAGCUGAUUUGUCAAAGAAAGAUGAACAUUGGAAAGUUUGCAAUGUCUUCGAUUCAGAAUUCAGGCCGAUCUUCAUGACAGUCAACAAGGACUUCGACAGACACUUAAAAGCCUCUGCAAUAAGAGAUUCUAUUCCAUUCAAUUCCGAAAACGUGACACCUGAAAUUAAUUACAAGAGAAUUGUUCCUUAUCGUAUGCAGAGUAGUGCAAAGACUACGAUAGAGUCAAUUCCUGUAACAUAUGUCACUUUAUUAAAGAGAUAUCGCGGUACAAUCAAUUUAACCGAGAGAGGCUUCUUCUUCGACGGCGUAGAGGUCAGUGAUGGCAUCUGUACUCCAAUAGAACCAGGGAAAACUCCAGAAAACAAGUUCGUCGAGCUAAAAGUUGACGAUAUUGAUUUUAUCUUCCAGAGAACUACAUUACAUGACGAUCUUGGCGCAGAAGUAUUUUACGCGGACUCGAAAUCAUACCUAUUCCACUUCGAUAACCAGAAAUCUCGCGAUAGAUUUUUGGAAAUCAUGAAGAUGACAGAUACAAGAGAGUUCUCCUUCUUCCAAUCGAUCAUAAAAGGCAUAAUUACGUCCGACCAAUUCGAUUUCUUCGCUCUUUGCCGCAAUACUUGUAAAGGAAUCACUCAAAACAUUCCUCCCGACGAAUUACUCGAAAAAAUAGGAGCUACGAAGGCAUGGUUGACCAGAAAAAUCUCAACAUUCAAAUAUUUGAUGAUUUUAAACAUAUUAUCAAAUAGAUCGUUUAAUGAUGUGAGUCAAUACCCUGUUUCCCCAUGGAUUCUCAAAGAUUACGAUUCAGAGAACAUCAAUCUUGACGAUCCACAGGUUUACAGAGAUCUUUCUCUGCCAAUUGGAGCAAUGGACGAAAAGAGACUGCAAAAUCUAUUAAGUAACAUGUCAGAAAUACCCGAAGGUGCCCAUGAUUACUGUUUGUACAGGACACACUACUCAAAUCCUGGAUAUACGAUUUCAUACAUGAUAAGAGUUGAACCAUUCACUACUUUGCACAUAUCAUUGCAAGCAGGUCACUUCGAUAUAGCUGACAGACUGUUCAAUGAUAUCAAAAGGUCAUGGCAAUCCGUUCUGAAUCUGAAUAGUGACUAUAGAGAGUUAAUUCCUCAGCUUUUCUGCCAGCCAUCGAUAUUAAAGAACGAGAAUGGCUUCAAUCUCGGUCGUAAGAAUAACGGAGAGAGAGUUGGCGAUGUCAAAUUACCAAAUUGGGCGAAAAGUCCUGAAGAUUUCAUCGUAAAGCAUAGAGCAGCACUUGAAUCGGACAUUGUUGGUGAAAAACUCGGUAACUGGAUUGACUUGAUAUUCGGUGUCGAUCGUUGUUCGAAGAAGAAAAACAAUGUUUUUCAUAAAUUCACUUACGAUGACUUUGCAAUUCCUUUGUUGUCAACAGAAUUUGGUUCGUUAGUCAGGAAUCACUGCGCCAAUUUCGGUAUCACGCCAACGCAGCUCUUUAUCUCAUCCCAUCCUAAUAGAAGUCCGAAAUCAGCAUCGGCUCCUUCGACGUCACUUUUAUCUGGAAGCAAGUUCCCCGCUCCGAUUAUUUUCUUCAGAAAUAAUUAUGUACUUACUAAUGACGGAUUAUUCUACGACCAUUCGCAGAAUGCCUUACAGUUAUCGGCCACCACCAUGGUACAGACGAAUAUAAAUGUCUGCACAUCAUUCUCCAUGUCCGAAAACUACAUUUUAGGCCUACAUUCCUCUGCAUGCGAAGUUUACUCAUUUGCAAACUUGCAGAAGAAGGUCAAAACACUGAGACACCCUGGCGGCGAUGUCACAGCUGUUGCGGCAUUAGGUAGCUUGGCACUUACAGCAGGUACUGACUGCACUGUGAGGAUUUUCAGAGCUCCGGCAUUUGAUUUGUCACAAGUUAUCACAAUAGGAAGACGUCCAUUGACUCAUUUGUCUGUAUCCGCAGUACUCAAGACAAUAGUAUGCAUAGACAAAUCCCAUUGCCUACAUUUAUCCCAUUUGGUCAGAGAAAGUAUGAAAUUCGACCGACAACUUACAUGCGAAGGCAGAACAAGCCACUGCUUGGAGACACUAGACUCUGGAUUCAUCGUCGCUACAUCUUGCAUGAAGGAUGAACCGAAAUUAAACACAAUCAUCGAAUUAUUUGAUACAAGACUGGUCAGAAUCGGAUCAGUUGAAGUCAAAGGAGAAGUUAUUGCCAUGUGCGAUGUCUCCACAUUCUCCAAAUCGAUGAUUGCCCUACUUCUUGAAGAAGGAAAAGUUGAAUUUGUCGAAAUUCCAACAAUGACAGUCGUAAGUACUGUUUCCAAAGGAAUAAUUGGAAAGACAAUAUUAAGAGCAUCUCCUGAUACAAACAGUGUCCUUACUGUUAUUAUUGAUAACCAAAUUUGCGAAAUUUCACCAAAAUUUUAG